GCCGUUUCUGUUCGUAAUACACAAUACACAGCGUGUCACCAACCAACGGAUUAGCGGGUCACGAGUGUCUAUUGUAACAUAAUUAUAAUUACCCGACAAUGUAUAGAUAAUUGAAUUACCGACAUGUCGAGCCGGUGGUGUUAGAUCUAGAAGCUGUUCAAAAGAAAUAAAACUAUAUCGCACCUUUGAUGUUUUCAGUAAAUUUGAUCAAACAAAAUUUAAAACUUUAAUUUAUAAAUGUAAAAUAUUCAUAAGAAAAAAAGGUAAUUUGCGUGUUUCCCAGUUUGAAUGCAAGACAAAACAUAAUUAUGCCGCAAAAGCAUACAACAUUAUUUACAUAAUUAGCGAUGUUGUCAGUUUGAACGCGAGAUGAAAAUUAGGAAAACAACCACGCUUAUAUAAACUCAUCCUCGGAUAGUACUUAAUGUUCAGACAAACUUUUCGUAUUCGUAUUCGUAUUUUAAGAAUAGAAUUAGUUCAAUCAUGGGUAGAAAACGUAAGCUUGAAAAUGUGCCAAAAACGGAAAAAGUGCGUAAAAUUUCAGAGUUUAUGUGUGUUUCUCAAAUUAGACAAUCAGAGGAUAAUGUUAGCGAGGAUUUAAUUACGGACUUAGAGUGUAGAGACGUUGUUACUGAAUCUCAAAGUCAGGAUGUGAGUGAGAGGGCAAAAGCUAGCGCAAAAAGGAAAUUUAGAGAGGACUGGAAACUCAAUAGGCCCUGGUUAAGUUACAAUCCGCAGACGAGAUCUAUGUACUGUUCUCUGUGUAGUUCGGCAAAUGUUACAAAUUCGUUCACUACUGGAUGUGAUAUAAUGAAAAAAGAGAAUGUGACAAACUAUGAAAAAGCAAAGGGUAAGUCAAAAUUAUUCAUUUCUUUCCCGACAUCAACUGCUGUUGAUAGAUCGUAUACGCAUUUCGUACACGCAAAACUGGUAUUUUCCAUUCGAGAAAUGGCCCGUUCUACGUAAAGUCGGCGAAAAUAAAUGUUGUUUAGAUUCUGAAACUUUUUUCAGUUAAAUACACUUGCAGACGUAACAUAUUUUAGUCAUAUAUCCAAAUCUAUGAAACAAAUAGCACGGAAGUGCCGCUUGCUUUGCACGUGAAAAUAGUUUGUCGGGCUUCCCGGCAGACGUAAAUGCCAUUGUUGCACACGAUUGAAAUUGAAAUUCAGACAAGAUAUCUAAUUUUUAAUCAAUAUACAUCAAUCACAUUCGAAUAUAGAAAAGAAAAUAUAUUGACUUUACCAUUUGCCAAUUUGGUUUUUUAAAAUCGAAAGUAGGUUGUCAGAAUGUCUUUUUCACGAUAUCGGAGUUUUCGAAAACAUUUCUCUUAAAUUAUUUCAAUAAAAGAUAAUGUCAUGGAAAACUUUAAUAUCGGAUGCUGUCAAAUACUGUUAAACUAUCUUUACAUCAUCUUAACUUGUAAAACAUAUUCUUUAAAAUGAAGAUUUUGGCUAUGAUUACUAAAGUGUACCAGUAUCCGGACAUAAAAUUUCGGAUAUCCUGAUUUUUACCAGUAUUUUUAAAAUAUAUUUUUCUCGGAAAAAAUGGUCACCUCGCUGCCCUCCAGAUUAUUGAGGCUAGUAAAAACUAUAAGAAGUCCGCUGAAGCUCAGCUUUCCAAAUCCGAGGCAGCAGUGACUGCAGCAAUGAAAAACAUAUUCUUCAUGACGUCCAACAAUCUACCCAACAUGUUGAUCUCCAACCUCAAUGAAUUGUGCAUUGAUCAGGGUUGCUCAAGUCUCCAGUCCUUGAAAGUUGAUCGACACACCACCUAUGAACAUAGCACAAGCGUCCAAGAAAUGCAGCAAUCUAUGGUAGACGUGAUCAAUGAUAAAUUUAAAAAUGAUCUCAGUGACUCAAAGUUCAGUAUAAUGGUUGACGAGUCUACAGAUAUUUCAGUUGAUCAGAACAUGCUUAUAUAUGUUAGAUUUCUUGAGCAAUCUCUAGGGUGUUUUGAGCAAAAAAGUGUUCUACUUGAUGUAUGUAAACUAAGGGAUGGUGCAACAGCUGAACAAUUAAAAAACACAAUACUUUCUUCCUUUGACAUUCAUGAUUUAAAGAUAAACAAUCUUGUAGGGAUUAGUACAGACGGUGCUGCGGUCAUGACAGGAAAGAAAAGUGGGUUGGUGCAGAAAUUAAAGUCUGAAAACCCGAGCAUCCUUGCCACCCACUGUAUUUCACACCGCCUAGCUCUUGCUAGUGGCCAGGCUGCAGAUUCUAUUCCAUAUUUUUUGAAAUACCAAGAAAUCAUCAAUGCCAUUUACAAGUACUUUGAUAACUCCCCAAAGAACAUGGCUCGUCUUGAUAAAAUAAAUGCUGUCAUGAUGAGUGCAAGUAACUCUUUGAGGUUCAAGCAGGUUUUUCAUACCAGGUGGUUGAGCUUCGAGGGCAGUGUAAGGGCAGUAUGUGAUAAUUAUACUUCUUUGUUGAGUGUUUUGAGUGAGGACAAGGGUGCAAGAGCUCAAGGUUUGUUGAAAAGUGUUUCAAAUGUUAAGUUUUUAUAUGUUUCUUACUUUCUGGCAGAUGUUUUGAAGCCCUUGAGCAUCUUGUGCAAGGGAUUUCAGUCAAGCAGCAUUGACUUCACUAGUGUAUCUGCGUCUCUGGAAACCACCACUAGUGAAGUCCUGAGGCUGACUGAGUCUAGACAAGGCAAGAUGAUGAAGGAUUUCAAGACAUCUGUACCAGAAUUUGUCUGUGAGAAUGGCUAUUUUGAGUUCCAUGGGCAUAUGAUUAAGGACAGUGAGAAACAGAGAGAGGAAGCUGAGAGAUGUUGUGGGCAGUUUGGGGAGAAAGUGGUUGAAAAUUUGAAGGACCGGUUUGCUGAUGUGGGAGAUAGUAAGGUGUUGAGAGCAUUCUGUGGUUUGUUUGACCCUGCUGUGUUUGUGACUGAGGGAGAAGUAUUGAAUGAGUGUGUAGACAUUGUCAGUGAUCAUGUGCAUGAGGAAGAGUUCCGAGAUGAGUAUGAGUGCUUCAGGAGAGAUGUAAUGUCAAACUAUGGUAAGGUUGCUAAUGAUGUGAACAGUGUAUGUCAGAUUGCAUUAGGAAAGAGAGAGAUGUAUGGGAUUGUUGCUGAAGUUGCUUACAAGCUUUUAUGUGUGCCUGUAUCAAGUGUAGAGUGUGAGCGAGGGUUUAGUGUGCAAAAUCUUGUCAAGACUAAACUGAGGAACAGAUUGGACACAAACUCACUGUACUUAUUAAUGAAACUGAACAUUGAUGGUGGUGACCAGAAGUCAUUUGAUUUUGCUUUUGCCUAUAGAAAAUGGAAAAAUGUGAAAAGCAGGAGAAUUUGUGGGUAUUAGUAUCAUUAAUAAAUAAAAAAAGAAACAGAAUGAUUUGUAGCCAAUUGCUAGUAUUACUUUUAUUAGUAUUAUGACAUACUAUGUUUUUUAAAUCUUGUUUGACAAUGUUUAUACUUGUAAAACAUAUUGAAAAAUUUAGAAAAAAUAAAAAUGUUAAAAUGUUUUAAGUUAUUAUUUAUCAAGAAUGAU